AUGGAGGAGAUUCUCAGCAUUCCAGCAUCAGUGAAUUUUGAUGAAUCCAUAGCUAAUUAUGAGAUUCACAGUCAUCAACCAUAUGCAUCCUCAUCGUUUAACAAUAGUGAUGAAAUUCGCAUUAUUGUACAAAAUCAAGAUUUAUCUAUUUUACCAAGCAAUAGUGUAUUACAUAUUUUUGGAAGGUUGACUAAUGCUGAUGGAACUGAUGCCACACAAAAUAUUCAUUUCACCAACAAUGCGAUAGCCUAUUUGUUUGAUGAAAUUCGUUAUGAAUUGAAUGGUAUUGAGAUUGACCGUUGCAAGUACGUUGGACAUACAACUACUAUGAAAAGCUUGGUUUCAUUAACACCACCUCAACUUAACCGCGCUGAAAAUGCAGGAAUUUUGAAUAUGGAAUUGAAUACAAGAAUGUCAUUACAAGAUGGAUAUUUUGAUGUAUCAGUACCACUUGGUAUGAUUUUUGGUUUUGCUGAAGAUUAUAAAAAAAUUGUUAUGAAUGCGAAACAUGAACUGAUUUUAAUAAGAGCACGUAGUGAUUUAAAUUCUAUUAUUCAAACGGGCGAAGGUGCAGAUGAACAGUUCAAAGUACAAAUUAAUAAAGUGGAAUGGUUAGUGCCAUAUGUUUUACCAUCUGAUAAUAAUAAAAUCAAAUUAUUGAAAUUUAUCGAGAAAGAUCCACUAAUUUCAAUGAGUUUUCGAUCAUGGGAAAUGUUUGAAUAUCCAUUAAUUCCGUCAAGUACAAGAGUCAUGUGGCAAAUAAAAUCGUCAACACAAUUUAUGAUAUGUAUGCUAAUUUUCAAUCUUCCUACUAUGGAAGAGAUUCUGAACCCAUAUUAA